UCGUCCAUUCAAGUGUCAAUCCACACGCCGGAACUACGGUAACAGGACCCUCUGUCUGUGGCGCAAAAAUGGAGAAUAACAUUAAGGAUCUCAGUCGACCUCAGAUGUAUUUAUUUGGUUGCUCAUUGAAAGCUGAUAAGAAAGAGCACAAAGUUGAGUUGGAUGAUGAUGAGGCUGAACAUCAGCUGUCACUCAAGGCGGUGUGUUUGGGUGCUGAGGCGGAAGACAAAUUCCACACCGUGGAAAUGGAGGGAUUGACUUACGAUGGCAAAAUGACCAAAAUCACUCUUGCUGUACUGAAGCCAUCCGUUCUGCCUUCUCUAAGUCUGGGAGGUUUUGAGGUCACGCCUCCUGUGUCCUUUCGCCUGCAAUCCGGAGCGGGGCCGGUCUACAUCAGCGGUCAGCAUUUUGUCAGUGUGAAGGAAUCAGAUGAUGAGGAUGAGGAAGAGGAGGAGAAUAAUACAUCACCAGUGAAGAGACCGUCCAACAUGACCCUUGCAAAAGUGCCUCAGAAAAAGCUGAAAAUGGACACGGAUGAAGAUGAGGAUAGUGAUGAAGAUGAUGAUGACGACGACGAUGAUGAUGAUAAUGAUGAAGAAGACAACGACAAAGAGGAAAAGACUGUUGAAAAGAGCCCCAUCAAAACCACUCAAAAAACCCCAGAGAAGAAGAAAAGUGCAGAUAAGCAGAACGGCUCUCCAGACAAGAAAGCAGGGACAUCAGGGAAGCCCCAAACGCAGGUCAUGGAAAAUACAAAUUUCCUUGUAUUUUCCCAAGCAAGGAAACAGUGAAGCUGAUGCUGGUGGCAAC